GUUCAACGUUCAACUCGAAAGCAACCGACCAAGGGAAGUGUUUCAUCAUGGUCCAUCAUGAGUCUUCAUAUACAUAUUCCAAUCCAAUUGAUUCAGCGCUCAUCGGCGGGACCCGAUUCACACAUAUGCGGGUCCGGUCCGCUGCGCACAGGACAGCCUCAUCAAUACAUAUUAUCCGCCCAGGUCAUGAGACAAGGCUGAGACGAGCGCUGGCUUGCAAAUAACGUAACGAUAAGCCUGAUAUGCUUGCCCUUGCUCCAAUAUAAUUAUUGCAUCCUCGGCCUAGUGCAUCUUAGCCUGCUUCAUCAACAUGGUCACGGUGUCCUCGGGUUUCUAUCGUUUGAUGUUCAUACUUUCAUAUAUUUCAACUACCUUGGCAGUACAAGUUCAUCCAGUCGCCCGCACUAUCUCAUCGCCCGCCACCUGUAUCAAUGGAUACUCAUGGAUGAACGACGGUCAGGGCGACUCGCCUUGUCUUACUGUUGCUUAUGUCGAGGCUGCAUGCGUCGGGAACAACUACGACCAACCAGUUCUGAAGGCUGGCUAUUCGUAUUCAUUGCCAAAUUCUACGACCGCAAAUCCAUGUUAUUGUUCUUGGUCAUCCUAUAAUCUCAUGAUGGCGUGCACUCUAUGUCAAGGGAUAAGUACCACUGUCUCCGAAUGGCCUGCCUGGGCAAGCGGGUGCUCUACCAACUCAACAUGGACGCAGGAUUAUUACCCUUCUGGAUAUGAGCUUGCUGGAAAUGCAUCUAUACCUUACUGGGCCAUUACAGAUCCGACAACAUGGACAACUCAGACUUUCAAUAUCCAACAAGCGAACGCUACUUAUAACUCGAAUACCUCUUACAUCACACCGGGUGUUUCAUCAUCAUCUAGCAGUUCAGGUUCAAGCCCAUCAUCAAGUGGUUCAAGCUCAAGCUCAAAUUCAACCGACGUGGGUGCGAUAGUUGGCGGUACCGUCGGAGGCGCAGCCGCACUCUUGUUUUUCGCCGUUGUUUCCUAUCUACUGUACAGACGCCGCGUAUACAAGAAAGGAGUCGACGCCUCUGCCAUUAACCAACAAGGGUCGGCAUUUAUGCCAUUGUCAGGCAUGACACACAACCGUAUACCCUCCGAUACAUCCAACUUUGGUCCAUCAAUGUCGAGCCCUGCUGAGUUGUAUGGGCAGUCCAUAUCCCCGUCGCAGCAGUACGGGACCGUAUAUUCUCCACAACCCCAGACAGUAUACCCAUCUCUGCAAGGUUCAUUCUCACCUCCUCCGCGAACAGAUGUGUCUGUCUACACCACACAUACCAGUAACGGCCAACGUUCCGAUGUCAUACCGAUGGUUUAGGAAUAAGGCAUUUCUUAUGAAUUUCUUGUACCUAAAAUGUCGGACCCGCCCUCAUUCUGUACCAUGGACUUACUUGCUAUCUCCUGACCAAUCUCCUUUUACUCGUUUUGCCAUGACAGGCAAGGCGGGGAUCACGGAAUUUCUUACUCCGCAUUCUAUCAGUAUGUCAUUUAUGCCGUCGUUCCCGUCGUGUAUCAUAAUCCUGUGGUCACUAAAAUAACAACGUUCUGAUUGAAAUCACGUAGGAUGUGGGCAUGCUUCUGUCGUUCCCUCGUUCUCUUCCAGACACACGAUU